AUGAAGAAAGCUGAGCUGAACUCACAGGAAAUGAAGACUUACAAUGCGUGGCGUAUUUUUUCAAUUCUCAUUCUUUGUUUAACUAUUUUUUCUGUUCAGAUCGGAUCGGAUGAGUUUUGGAGACCUCCCCAAAGUUCAUACCCAUUCGCGGUAUGGCAUAUCAGCGAUAACUAUGCCGUGGGUAGCACGUUUGAGAGUAAUUUGAUCGGAAUGAUGAAUAAUUUGGUUCAAAAUACAUCUCAAACGGGAUUCAAUAUGUCUUCAUACGGGAAAAACCCUAACAAAGUGUACGGCCUCAUGCAGUGCAUAGGAAAUGCGUCGCAAUCGCAAUGCCGCCAAUGUGCCCAUAACAUUACCAGAUAUACCAUCGACCCAAAUUAUCAAGUAUGUGGUCAAUCUCUAAAUUGCCAGAUCUGGUUUGAUACGUGCUACCUACGCUACGCCAAUUACAGUUUCGUUUCGGUCUUUGAAAAAGAUGCAUUGUGGCUUGUGAGCUCUGGAGAAAUUUCUCUAAAAUACAGUAAAAGCCCUAGCGUGUUUAGGAGAACUCUCGAGAAACUUUUCUCCAAUUUGUCUGCAGAAGCGUGUCAAGAUGGUAGUAACGGAUUUGCUGCUCAAUCGGCUAUUUAUUCGACUCCAACACAGGAAAAUGUAGACGCUUUUGUGGAAUGUUCCAGAGAUCUGUCUUCUGCCAACUGUAGUUCUUGCUUGGCGAUCGGAUUCGAAUCGAUGAAGCCCGUUGAUCAUUUGCGAGCUGAGUUUUACCAUAAAAAUUGCCUUGUUCGUUACGUAUCAACUGAAUCGGUUUACGCAUCAACUGAAACGGGUAAUUCAGCAUGGAAGAAGCCGUUGACAAUGUGGGUGGUACUUAUUGGGGGCCUCCUGCUAUCCAUCUUUGCACCCCCGACUUCCCCUUCUAUUUUGAAAACAUUCCGGGAGUCCGAGCCACCUCACAGGGAAAGUAUAGUAAAUAACAGAAAACCAGAAAGCCAGCGAAUGGAUUAUGCACAGAUGGGUGCUAAGAAGAGAAAACAGACAAACCAGCGAAUGGGUUAUGCACAGAUGGGUGCAAAAAUGGAUAGCAGGAGGCCCUCCAAUAAGUACCACACACAUUAUCAGCAGUUUCUUCGAUGA